AUGGAGGGUAAUAGCAGCCAUACUGAGAACAGCAGUGACUAUCAGAUGCAGUUGGUUAGUGCUGACCCAGUGAGAAGGACCCUCUCCAUGGCUCUGAUUCAGAUUUUUGUGUGGCCUUUCAUUUAUGUUAAUGUCCUCAUGAUCUUUACCUUCUCCAGGAAAGAAGCGUUCCGAACAGAGACACGGUACAUACUGUUUGGUCAGACGCUCGUGAUGGAUUUGAUUUUCCUUCUGCUGACAGACUUUGUUGUGAUUCUCUCAUACAAUCUUACACUGAUGCCAAUGGGGUUUUGUAUCCCUCUGUGCAUGAUGAUGGAGAUGGUCACAAACUGCACACCACUAACUAUCACUGCUAUGUGUGUGGAGCGUUAUGUGGCCAUCUGCAUGCCACUCAGACAUGAUGCUAUUUCUACCACCGGCAGGACGAUGAUUUUGAUCCUUGUGAUUUUGAUCAUAAGCUCCUUAAAGCCAUUUGUGGACCUUUUCAUCCUCGUUGCCACGGUGUCGCAGGGUUACCUGGUUCAGCUCACCCACUGUCACUAUGAAAUAAUGACUCCAGUAAGAUGGCAUCGCUUCAUGAGGGGUGCUUUUUACAUCUGUUCAUUUUUGUGCAUUUUUUUGGUAGAAAUUUUUUGUUAUGUGAUGAUUGUUCUGGCUGCACAGGCUGCUUCUAGUGACAACAAAAAGUCAGCAUCAAAAGGACAACGAACACUUUUACUGCAUCUCCUUCAGCUUUUCUUGUGCACCAUAGAGAUUAUAUGCCCCUAUAUCGAGGCCUUUGUUAUAGAGAUUGAUUUUCAGUUAUACUUGACAGUUCGCUUUUGCAAUGUACUUGUGUUCAACAUCAUCUCUAGGGCAGUGAGUCCACUCAUUUAUGGCCUGAGAGAUGAGAAAUUUUAUGCAGCAAUGGUUUACCACACCAGAUGUAAAAUGACUCAGAUAUCCUCAGAAACGUAA